CCGGGGCCGGGGCGGCGGGGCUUCGGCUGCUUCCCCAGCUUCCUGACUCCUGAGGGUGUCAUGGUGUAGAGGGACCAGCUGAAACCGAAGCUCUUUAUACAGAAACCUAUCAGCUCUUCUCGCUGUGCUGGACUGGGCUGCCCCUUUUGUGAGUCCAAAGUACGUGUAAAGAACACAGGAGUUGGUCACUGGACUCAGUAAUGGUGAAAGAGUGGGAUAUGCGGCCAGGAGUCUGAGAUCUGUAUAAGGAGUCAAAGCUGUGACACAUCCCAGCACUGAGGGGGCUCCACUUCGGUGCAAGGCAGAGAGGCAAUAAGUUGGGAUUGACAGCCGUUUGACAAGCAUUUCUUGGAGAGAUAAUCAGUAAGGAAUAACCUCGAAGAGACUAUUAUGGCUCUUGCCGUUGUGCAUUUUUUACGGAAGAUCCCAAGUGCUAUGUCCCUGCGGGCUCGCCUGAGAUCUCUCCAACUUUGCAACUGGUGCUACCCAGUUCACACCUCUUUGAGUUAUGAAGCCAUAAAACAACAGUACAGACCAGAGGUGCCAGAGUACUUCAACUUUGCACGAGAUGUGCUGGACAGAUGGACUGAAGUGGAAAAGGAGGGUAAAAAGUCUAAAAACCCUGCAUUAUGGUGGGUAGAUGGUGCUGGAGAAGAGGUGAGGUGGAGCUUUGAGGAGCUGGGAGUGCUGUCAAGGAAAGUGGCAAAUGUGCUUUCUGAUGCCUGCGGUCUGCAACGGGAAGACAGAGUUAUUCUGAUUCUGCCCCGGAUCCCGGAGUGGUGGCUGGUGAAUGUGGCUUGCAUGAGAACAGGAACAGUCUUGAUUCCUGGGACACAGCAGUUGACAGCAAAGGACAUUCUUCAUCGACUACAGAAAUCCAGGGCAAAGUGUAUCAUCACUGAUGAUUCUGUGGCACCAGCUGUAGACUCAAUUGGGGCUCAAUGCCAGUCUCUGAAAUUCAAGUUGCUUGUGUCAGAGGGCCACAGAGAAGGAUGGCUGAACUUUAAAGAUCUCCUGAAAAACGCUCCUUCUGACCACCACUGUGUGACCACAAAGUGUCAAGAUCCAAUGGCUAUCUAUUUUACCAGUGGAACUACAGGAUCUCCAAAAAUGACUGAACAUUCCCACAGCAGCUAUGGUAUUGGUCUCACAGUAAGUGGAAGGUACUGGCUGGACUUGACUUCCUCAGAUAUAUUUUGGAACACAUCAGACACGGGCUGGGCAAAGUCAGCUUGGAGCAGCAUUUUUUCACCUUGGAUUCAAGGGGCAUGUGUAUUUGUACAUAAGAUGCCACACUUCAACCCAAGCAUUGUCUUUGAGAGUCUGUCAAGAUUUCCCAUAACUGUCUUCUGUUCUCCUCCAACUGCCUAUCGAAUGUUUGUGCAACAUAAGCUGUCCAGCUAUACAUUCAAAAGCCUGCGGCACUGUGUGAGUGCUGGGGAGCCAAUCAACCCUGAUGUGAUGGAAGAAUGGAAAGCGCAGACUGGGCUGGAUAUUCAUGAAGGCUAUGGACAGACAGAAACAGUGCUGAUCUGUGGAAAUUUUAAGGGAAUGAAAAUCAAACCUGGCUCUAUGGGAAAGCCGUCUCCAGGGUAUGAUGUCAAGAUCAUAGAUGAAAACAGUAAUAUUCUGCCUCCUGGAAAAGAAGGAGAUAUUGCCAUCAGAGUAAAACCUAUGAGAUCGCUUUUUCUUUUUACUUGCUAUGCUGAUGAUCCAGAGAAAACAGAGGCAACAAUACGUGGGGAUUUUUAUGUCACUGGAGACAGGGGGAUUAUGGAUGAGGAGGGAUACUUCUGGUUUGUUGGAAGAGCUGAUGAUGUCAUUAAUUCUGCUGGAUACCGUAUUGGACCAUUUGAAGUAGAAAGUGCCCUAGUAGAGCAUCCUGCAGUGGUGGAAUCAGCAGUUGUCAGCAGUCCAGACCCCAUCAGAGGAGAGGUAGUGAAAGCCUUUGUUGUUUUAACAUCUGACUAUGCUUCACAUGAUCCGGAAAAAAUGAUGAAAGAGCUACAAGAUCAUGUUAAGAAAGUUACUGCUCCAUACAAGUAUCCUAGGAAGAUGGAGUUUGUUCAACAGUUGCCAAAAACUGUUAGCGGGAAGAUCAGAAGAAAUGAACUGCGCCAGAAGGAGUGGAGAAAAGAUUAGAAGUACUUGUUGCUUUUUUAUAGGAUCUUUUACAAAGUAAGAUACUACAGAUUUACACAGUAACAUACAGUAAAUGAUUAUACUAUGUCCUCCUCAGUUUAGGUUUGAAUAAAUUCUUUCCUGAUUCCCAGCAUUUGGCUGUCCCAGGUACUACACUAAUAACUAAUAGUACAAAAGCAGGCAGACUGAUAGGAAUGAAAUGGGAAGCUCGUGUAGUCAAGAGCGCAAUAUGUGAUGUGUGUUAAAUAAACUAUUUAAUGAACUGUCA